CACUUCAAAACAGCCGUGUAGGUCGAACAACUAUUGUAAUUACUCAUCAACUAUCUCAUAUAUCAGAAUCCGAUUUUGUUUACGUAUUUUACGAUGGUGAGGUGGUAGAAAAUGGUUUUCCAGCUGACCUUCUCAAAAAUCCCAAAGGACAUUAUUCAAAACUGGCCGAAGGAUCAUUGGCAAAACCCAAUCCGAAAAGACAAACUCCUCAAUUAGAUCUUAUUAAUAUGAAAUUAAAACGUUCUGAUACGUUAUUAUUGACUAAUAAAAAUAAGGAACAAAAUUCUAAUUUUCUUACCGUUGAGAAUAUCCCGACAGGAUCACUUUUAAAACGAUCAGUAAGCAUGACUUCACAAGUUGGGUGGCGAUCUUCACGACAAUCUUUUUACGAUGAAAGUCUUGAUACCAAUGUAGCAGAUGUUCUUAAUGGUACAGCUUUAGCGGCAAUUUCAAAACGUAAUGAUAAUCGGAUUUCAUAUUUUGGUAUUCUAAGUUAUUAUGAACAAAUUGAAGAUGAAAGUAUAAUAGAAAUUUUAACUACCAAAGAUAAUGUUUCAACAAAUGAAAAACCACGUAUUGGUUUCAUAAAAAUGAUUAUGGAUACAAUGCAACAUAGAAUUUUAUAUUCCAUUGGUAUAUUUGCAUCUCUCGUUAAUGGAUUUGUUAUGCCACUAUUUUCAUUUGUUCUUGCUAGUUUGCUCAAUACUUAUGCUAUUCCUGACAAAUCAUUACUUCAACAAGAAGCUAAAAUCUUCGCAUUAAUCGUAUUAGGAAUAGCAGUUGUAAGUGGAAUUUCUGCUCAUUAUAAAUAUUAUUUACUUGAGAGAGCUUCGGAACAAUGGGCGAUUAGAUUACGUCAUUUAGGAUUCGGAAAAGUAUUGCGACAACCUCAAUCAUGGUUUGAUGAACCGGAUCAUGCAGUUGGAAAAACUGUAACAAUACUUGUUAAUGAUACUGAUACAACCAAAAGUUUAAUUGGUCACUUUAUAGGAAAUAUGACAUAUGGACUUGUCUCAUUACUUGGAGGAAUGAUUUGGGCCUUUGCUAUUGGAUGGCAAUUAACUUUAGUAGGAUUCGGUCUAGUUCCUAUAUUGCUCUGUGCAUCCGAAUUACAAGCAUAUGUUUUACAAAAAUAUGAAAAGAGACAAAAGGCUGCAAACGAAGAAGCUGCAAAUUUAUUCUAUCAAACUGUUUCUAGUAUUAGAGCUGUAUUUGCUCUUGCUGUUGAAAAAGCAAUGGAAGAGAAAUUUCAAGAUGCACUUGAAGUUCCAUUUAAAAUUGGUGUUCGAAAAGCAUUAGUUUGCGGACUUACAUCUGGAUUUUUAGAAGCAUUUGAUUAUUUUUCAAAAGCCGUGACAUUUUGGUAUGGUGCACAAUUAGUAUCUCAAGGAGUUUAUAAUUUAAAAACGAUGCUACAAGUUUGGACAUUAGUUAUAUUUUGUACUACUGCGGCUUCACAAAUGUUAGCAGCUAUUCCAUAUUUUGCUAAGAGUAAACAAGCUGGAAAAUCCGUUGCAAGGAUACUUAGUUUAUCUGAAGAGGAUACAAUGUCUGGAAAAAAACUUGAUAACAUGCAAGGAAAUAUUGAAUUCCGAAAUGUUCAUUUUUCAUAUCCUGGACGACCAAAUGCAAAGAUAUUGAAUGGACUAUAUUUAGAAUUCCAACCGGGUGAAUCUAUAGCAUUAGUUGGAAGAAGUGGAAAUGGAAAAUCUACGGUAGCCGCAUUGCUUCAAAGAUUUUAUGAUCCAAAUGAAGGAAAAAUAUUAUUAGAUAAAGAACCGUUAAAAACUCUUCAACUUCAUUGGCUUAGAGAACAGAUAGGAAUAGUUAGUCAAGAACCAAUACUUUUUGAUCUAACAGUACGGGAAAAUAUAGCGUAUGGAAAAGAAGAUGCUACAAUUGAGGAGAUUGAAAAUGCAGCCAGACAAGUUAAUAUGCACGAUUUCAUAAACACAUUACCAAAUGGAUAUGAGACACAAUUAGGGAGUAGCGGAACUCAAUUAUCAGGUGGACAAAAACAAAGACUUUCAAUAGCUAGAGUUUUAAUAAGAAAUCCAAAGAUCUUAAUAUUAGACGAAGCUACUAGUGCAUUAGAUUCUCAAAAUGCGCAGGUUAUACAAGAUACUUUAAGUCGAGUACAAAAAAAUAGAACAACAUUAGUUAUAACACACAGAUUAAACAAUAUUAAAAAUAUGGAUAAAAUAGCUCUUGUUGAGUCUGGUCAAAUUGCUGAAAUUGGAACUCAUCGAGAAUUGAUGUCACUAAAGAAAAAAUAUUUUGAAUUGGUUGUUAGUGGAAAUA